UUGCCGGGUGCCUGAGUUUUGUGAAUAGAAAGUAAAUAAGGACUCGGCUCGGCAGCGCGUCGUCAUUUAAGAGCAAGCGGCAGAGGGAGAGGGUUCCCCGGCGCAGAGCGGGGGGAGAUAAUUCCCGGCCGCCCUGCCGCCGCCGCCUCCUCCCACUCUCGCACCGGAGCGAAGCCGCUCCGCUCAGUCUGGCGUUCAGACUGACAAGGGGGAAGAAGAGGAGGACAGCGGCGGUCCUGUCACUCUGCAGCCGGCAUCCGGCACUCUGGCAGUACUUUAAGGUACAACUCUCCAGACGUCCAUCCAUUUCAAAAUGGCAUGAAUGCUUUGACAACCUCAACUGCUGACAGCAAGCUUGAUCCUUUCACAUUUCAUUUCACUAAAUUAUAGACCUGGCAUCAGCGCCAGACUUCGAGACGAAAGGUCCGGAGUUCGAAUCCAGCCGGCUCCCCCGCAUGCUUUCCAUCCGUGCUGGGCUACCAGCUGGUGAUCUCUUUGGAAACUCACCCGGCAGAAGGCAGUGGCAAACCACUGCUGUAACUUGCCUCGUACGCAGUUCCACCACUACGUCAGAGAGGCGUGGGGGGAAAUCGUCCGCUAACCGGAAAACUCCAGAUGCGACGUACCUGUCCUUUCCUCAGAUUAUCUCAAACUGAAGAAUUUAGAUUAUUGAUAUAAUACUUUCCCACGUGGAUUUGAAUUUGGAUCUAAUCUAAGCUGGAAGGCCUAGCUGAGUGGACACUGAGAAGACGUUCCAAUAGUGCACUACUAAUAUCUGUCAGUGGAUUGUACUUUUCCUCAAAAUCCAAGUUGCGUUUACUAUCAAGUGCACAAGUACAGGGCAUAUGAAUGGAUACGGGGAGAAGGCAGAAGACUGGGGCUGAGAGAGAACAUGGUCAGCCAUGAUGAAGUGAUGGAGCAGACCCGAUGAGCCAAAUGGCCUAAUUCUGCUCCAUUCCUCUUAUGAACUUGUGUAUGCACAAGUGCAAUGAAAGACUUACUUGCAGCAUCAGAUUAGCAGCAUUCGCAAAAUAAACAUAAAUUGAACCAAUUUAGCAAGAAGGAACACAAUUAGAACAAAAAAGAAAACGUUUGAUGUAAAUAACUGACAGAAAUGAAUCGUGAGGAAUGUUUACCCUCACAGAAGUUGCAUCCCUCAAUGAUAUCCAGGCAACUUAUCGAAUCCUGAAGCCAUGGUGGGAUGUGUUCAUGGACUACUUAGCCAUCGUAAUGCUGAUGGUUGCUAUUUUUGCAGGCACCAUGCAGCUAACCAAAGAUCAAGUUGUAUGUCUUCCUGAUUUCUCCCAGUUUCCAGAAGGUGGAAGUCCAACAACAACAUCUCCGAAUUCCAAUGUCGGGAACACCAUCUCUCCGAGUACCUCCUUUCCAUCUACGACACCUGCAGGCUCCACCCCAAAAUCCCCCCUAAACUCCGGCCGGCCAACUAACCUGGAGUACCAGCAAUAUAUCUUCAUCAAUCAGAUGUGCUAUCACGUGGCCUUGCCUUGGUAUUCUAAGUAUUUUCCCUACCUUGCACUGAUUCAUACACUCAUCCUUAUGGUCAGCAGCAACUUCUGGUUCAAGUACCCCAAAACCAGUUCAAAGAUCGAACAUUUUGUUUCUAUACUAGGAAAGUGCUUCGAGUCUCCUUGGACUACUAAAGCGCUCUCCGAAACAGCGUGUGAGGACUCAGAGGAGAACAAGCAACUCUUUAAGACCUCGGUUGCAAAGCAUUUGUCAACCGGCAGUGAAGAAGAAAGCCCCAGUUCCAGUACACCCACGAUAUCAAGAAUUGGACCCAAAUUUUCGACAGAGAAGCCUGUCAUUGAGGUCCCCAGCAUGACUAUUUUGGACAAGAAAGAUGGGGAGCAGGCCAAAGCCCUUUUUGAGAAAGUUCGUAAGUUCCGUGCCCAUGUGGAAGACAGUGAUUUGAUAUAUAAACUCUAUGUGGUCCAGACAGUCAUAAAGACAGUGAAAUUAAUGUUUAUUUUGUGCUAUACACUUACUUUUAUGACUUCUAUAAGCUUUGACCAUGUCUGUAAACCAGAAAUAGAGCAUUUGACUGGAUAUUCACAUUUUCUCUGUACGCACAACAUGGCUUUUAUGCUACGGAAAUUACUAAUUAGUUACAUUACACUAAUAUGUGUUUAUGGACUAGUUUGCCUUUAUACUUCGUUUUGGCUGUUCAGGCGGCCUUUAAAGGAAUAUUCAUUUGAAAAAGUCCGUGAAGAAAGUAGCUUUAGUGAUAUUCCAGAUGUUAAAAAUGACUUUGCCUUUCUACUGCACAUGGUCGAUCAGUACGACCAACUUUAUUCCAAGCGGUUUGGGGUUUUCCUGUCGGAAGUGAGCGAGAACAAGUUGCGCGAGCUCAGUCUGAACCACGAAUGGACCUAUGAGAAACUCAAGCAGCACGUCUCCCGCAACCCUCAGGAGAAACAGGAGCUCCACCUCUUCAUGUUGUCGGGGGUGCCUGACGCCGUGUUCGACGUGACCGAGCUGGAGGUACUGAAGUUGGAGCUGAUCCCUGAAGCCAAGAUUCCUGCCAAGAUUUCCCAGAUGGUCAACCUUCUAGAGCUGCACCUUUACCACUGCCCCGCUAAAGUGGAGCAGACAGCCUUCAGUUUCCUCCGGGACCACCUUAGGUAUCUGCACAUUAAGUUCACCGACGUGGCAGAGAUUCCCACCUGGGUCUACCUGCUUAAAAACCUACGUGAACUCCACCUGGUUGGUAACCUAAACUCGGAAAACAACAAGAUGAUAGCCCUGGAGUCACUGAGGGAGCUGAAGCACCUUAAGAUCUUGCACUUGAAGAGUAAUCUGACCAAAGUCCCUUCAAAUAUCACUGACGUUGCUCCCCACCUCACUGCACUGCUGGUUCACAAUGAUGGGACCAAGCUCUUAGUAUUGAACAGCUUGAAGAAGAUGAUCAAUCUCACCGAGCUGGAGCUGCAAAACUGCGAGCUAGAACGCAUUCCUCACGCCAUCUUCAGUCUGUCCAACCUACAGGAACUUGACUUGAAGUCCAACAACAUUCGCACCAUUGAAGAGGUGAUCAGCUUCCAGCACCUGAAGCGUCUGACCUGCCUGAAGCUAUGGCACAAUAAAAUCAUCACCAUCCCGUCCUCCAUCAGCCUCGUGAAAAACCUGGAGCUGCUUUACCUUUCCCACAACAAACUGGAGUCACUGCCGGCAGCUCUCUUCACGCUGCAGAAGCUCCGGAUGCUGGACAUAAGCCACAACUCCAUCACCAUCAUUCCGGCCGAGAUCGCCUCCCUCCAGAACUUGCAGCAGUUCGCAAUGACGGGGAACCGAGUGGAAUUCUUGCCAAAGCAGCUUUUUAAGUGUACAAAGUUGAGAGCCUUGAAUGUGGGGCAAAACUGUAUCACUUCCAUUUCGGACAAGAUCUGUCAGCUCGUGCAGUUAACUCAGCUGGAAGUGAAGGGAAACUGCCUCGACAGGCUUCCGGCAGAGUUAGUCCACUGUCGUCUUCUGAAGAAAAGCGGGCUGGUUGUCGAGGAUCACCUCUUUGAUACACUGCCACCUGAAGUCAAGGAACUCAUCAAUCAAGACUUCAAUUCAAACUCAACUUUUGGCGCAGGAAUAUAAAGUAUUGAGCAAAGCAUAUAUCGCAGCUUUGGAACUGAAUGUUUGCUUGCUUGUUAACUUGAAAAACAAAAUGUAUUAAAUAGAACAAGGUACUUAAACAAGGCAACUAGAUAACAAUGAUAGUUUUAUUCCCUGAAAAAGCUCUGAAAUCAUUGUAAUCAAUUGUAACCAAUUAAUUAACUGUUGGUCGCUGGUUGUCUUAUACAAGUCUGUCAACGACUGAAUAUUUGUUCAUGUAACUUGGUUAAAUGAAUUUAAUUUUAAUUUAUUCUCAGCAUUUGGAGGGGCAGUUUCUGUUGAAGAGUAGAUGAAUUGUUCUCACUGUACCCUCUCCAAAUGAUGGACCUCUGGGGUAGAGGCAGCCAAUACAGGAUCUCUGCAAGUGCAGUGCCAGUGUAUUUCAGGUUCCUGACGUUUACCUCCCUUCAGGCACCUUGAAUGCUCUUUUAAUAGCACAGUUCUGAUCAGAAGAUUGCUCUGUCAGGUAUUAACCCACAAAUAUGUGUCUGUGCUACCACAAUACCUGUCUUUAUUUUGUACUUAUGGAGGGGGAGUGCCAGGCUCCAAGCAGUGUGCAUAGAUUGUACAGACUCUAACUUCUAGCACCAAUUUCAAUUCUUUCUAAAUAAAAGACUACAAACCUACCUCGAAGUAAUUAGUCUCUUGAGCUGCUGGGACUUGCAUUAAAGAAGGAAGUGGGGGAGGGAGGGAAUUACAGUUGCAGCGAGAGGGACUUUUAUAAUAUGUUUGUUUAUGGAGUGUAACUUUCCCUUUGCUUUCUACUCUCAAUUGGCAAAUAAUCCCUUCUCCAGUCAUUUCGGGAGUCGACUUUUCACAAGCGAAAACCUUGGCUGAAGCACGACACAGUCCUUCCAUGCAUCCCAAGGAAGUCGCACAUUAUACCAGUCUCAUUCCCAACCACAGGCAGUAGGUGACCUGGGGAAAGGGCUCAAAGCUGAAGUAAAUUUAUUACUGAAGUAUGUAUAGAUCACCAUAUAUAACUCUGAGAUUCAUUUUCUUGUAGACAUACUUAGCAAAUACAUAGAAUAGUAUCUAUAACAGGAUCAAUGAAAAGUGCAGAAAACAACAAACUGUGCAAAUGCAAAUAUAAACAAAUAGCAAUAAAUAAUGAGAACAAGCGAUAAUGAGUCCUUAAAGUUAGAUCAUUGGUUGUGGCAUCAUUUCAAUGGAUGGGCAAGUGAGUGUAGUUACCCUUUUUGUUGAGGGCCGAGGUGGAAGCAAGAAUAUUGACUGCUUUCCCUUUCCGUGUUCAGCUCAUAAUCUACCUGUACCCAUGUUUUAAAAUCAUGGAUAUAGAUAAUGCUAGGGGGAGUCUAGGACCAGAGAGCGCAACCUCAGAAUAGAAGUAUGUCCCUUUAGAACAGAAAUGAGGAGGAAUUUUGUUAGCCAGAGGUACUGAAUCUGAGGAACUCAUUGCCACAGAUAGCUGCGAAGACCAAGUCAUUGGGUAUAUUUAAAGUGGAGGUUGAUGGGUAUUUAAUUUUUAAGAUUGUCAAAGGUUAUGGGGAGAAGGCAGGAGAAUCAGCUGCAAUCGAAUGGCGGAGCAACCUCGAUGGGCUGAAUGGCCUAGUUCUGCUAAUAUGUCUUGUGGUUUAUUGUGUCCCAAGGGUUGACUCCUUAUUUAUUGCUCAACUCUGGUAAUGAUGGUGAUAAAUCAGCCAUGAUUGAAUACUGGAACAGAAUCAAAGAGCCAAAUGUCCUGCCUGAUUCUGCUGCUAUGUCUUAUGGACUAUAACCAUUGGGUAGUUGACAAUGUGCUGCCUCCUUAAACAGUUGUAGUUGUUCUGGUAAAGAUACUCCCACAGUACUGUAGACAGAGAGUCCCAUAAUUUAGGGUUAAGAACAAUGAAGAAAAUUGACAUAUUUCUAAGACUGCGAGGAGAACCUGAGCAUUCUGACAGUGAGCAGUAUCCGCUAACCUUUUCCUUGAUGAGUGGAUAUCAUUGGGUAAGGCAGGAGUUCCCCAACCUAGUGUUCCCAGACCUUUGGGUUAAUGGUUAGGAGUACAUGGCAUAAAAAAGGUUGGAAACCCCUAGUUCAAGGGAUGCUCUCUAAAUGUUUUGCUCUGGCAUGUGUCUUGGCAGUCCUCCAGGACUAUCAAUAUUUGCAUCUGUCCUAUAACAAAGACCUGAAAUUGUACCAUGUUAUAGAAACAUAGAAACAUCUCUCCUGGCUAGGACAAGAUAUUUUACGUGGGGUGAUUGAUAAGUUCGUGGCCUAAGGUAGAAGGAGUCAAUCUUAGAAAACCUAGCACAUUUAUUUUUCAACAUAGUCCCCUCCUACAUUUACACACUUAGUCCAGCAGUCGUGGAGCAUACGGAUCUUGGACCUCCAGAAAGUGUCCACAGCAGGGGUGAUUGAUAAGUUCGUGGCCUAAGGUAGAAGGAGAUAAGUUAUACAGCUCUCGUUACAUGCACAUGCAGUUCAAUGCUUUGAGUGAAUAUGCAGAAGGUUUGAAGUUAAUAACUCAUCUCCUUCUACCUUAGGCCACAAACUUAUCAAUCACCCUCAUAAGUUGGCAUGCGACCCAUUAAAUUUAGAGGCACUGGUAUUUGCCCAAAAUACAUUUGAAUCCGGAAAUAUCAAUACCUAAUAGAUAGCCUAACCUGAGUUGUCUGUUUAUUCAAUGAAAAAUACUCUUCAGAGGAAGAUCCCAAAUAACAACAAAACUGAGAGUCGUAGUUCACAUCUUCUUGAGAAAAAGAACAUGAUAUGAGUAUGUCAUCAUCAUCCAAGUGGAGUGGUUCAUGUGCGUAAGGGUGACCUCACCAUACCUCUGCUUCUUAGAAUUGCACAGUCAAUCACCACUCAAAAUUUAUGGAAGCCUACUACAGUGACUCUAUGAGCAAUGUGCAAGAAGUCUUCAGUAAAGGGUUGAUUGUGUCAAGACAAGGAUGUAGAGAUGGAAGAGUCACUUGAAGCUGUACAUACCCCCGAUCCUCCUGCAAUACUUCAGAGCUGUGGUGUACAAAGAGACAGUAUUUACAGUAUACAGCCUGUUAGCAGUUUGACAGUUUACAGCCUGUUUCAUGUCUUCAGGGUAUCUCAAAAUGCUUCACAGCCAAUGAGUGUAUUUUAUAAUGCACACACGCCACUGACAGUUGAAAAGUUCACUGCAAGGAUUCUUAAGGCAACAAGCAUGAUGCAAUCCUUAAAUAGAUUAUAUCAGUGCUGUUGAAUGAGGGGGAAAAGUCUCCAGUGUAAAAUAAAAAUAAAGCAAUUAGUGUGUCAGCUUCUACAGAAAUGAAUUAUAGUACUCAAAACGUGCCCCGCUAUCAGAACUGGUCAUGUGACUCUACCAAUUUGCCCUUUUCCUUUUCAAACAUUCACAGUUAUCUGGAUACGCCCCAAACUUCUCUGUAGACUAUCACUUGCACACAGCUGUCUCAAGGCCAGAAGACAUUAAACUGCCGGUGUAACACACAAAAUGCUGGAGGAACUCAGCAGGUCAGGCAGCAUCUAAGCAGAAGAGUAAACAGUUAACGUUUCAGGCCUGGACACUUGAUGAAAGGUCUGGGCCUGAAACAUCAACCGUUUACUCUUUCCCACAGAUGCCAUUUGACCUGCUGAGUUCCUCCAGCAUUCUGUGUGCAUGUUGCUUUGGGUUUCCAGCAUCUGUGGACUUUCUCUUUUUUGUGAAACUCCAGGUGUGCUGUAAUUAAGAAAACUUGAAUCUUGAAAAUGAUUAAAUUGGAUGAAAAUAUUGUGCGAGGGAAUACUGUUUAUCUUGCACUCAAUGAUUCCAUCCCUCUUGUCAGAAUCAGCUCCAGGGUUUGAAUGAAAACAUGCUCAAAGUUUCCUCUCAUAGGUUGGCCGGGGAACUUUGUGAACAGUUGAUGAUGCUGUGAGUGGACGUGGAAUUCCUCUGUUGCAGUUAUCAAGGUCCAGUUCUAUCUCUGCCAUAUGCGAUGAAUACAAAAUUAAGUUUUCAAGCACCGAAAAUUUUCCCUGUCAGUUGGUAACGAUGCUGAGAAAUUUUGACUUUUGGGUUGGAAGGAGACAUAUAUAUGAAUGCUGGGUUAAGUACUUCGCAUUCCAGUACACAUUAACGGAUGGAUGAGUUCAUCUUAACAUGCCACGUACAAGACAGCAUCAUCUUGACAACUUUUAACUCUGUGCUACUCAGCAGGCGAUUGUGGAUCAAAGAUGGGAAAAUGUAGAAUGUCCAACUUCAGUUCCAAGAUUUAUUUCCCAGUGUAAAUUGAAUAGCAGUGACUUUUAAAACUGUGUUAAAAUGAGCAGUACGGACAAAAUACAUUUUAUGUGUAUAACAUUAGCAAUUUUAAUUAUGCAAAUGCAUUCUAUUUUUCUGAAGCUUCUUUUAAUAAUCUGAGUGUAAAUCUAUUAAAAUGUUAAUCUACUUAAUCACUGUUCUGUAUUGUAAAAUGUAUUUUGUUAAUUUUGCUGCUGCAGAGAUUCUUCACGGUUGCCUGAAACAUGUAUUUUGUAACAACUCUGACACAAUAACUUAUGACAUAAGUGACUUGAAAAAUGCUGGUCUCCAUCUCACAUGCCUGUCUGUAUCAUUUCAGGGUUUGUUUUUCAAAGCCAAUAUUCCUUUAAUAUAGUGUUGUUUAAUUUUGCUGCCUUGUUGGUUUUAAGGCAAAAUUUGGUGCUCAAAAUGGCGAUGCACUGUUAACUUGUAACAGGCAUUGUGGUUUCAGAAUAUGAUAAAGGCGCCUCAUGUUCAUUCGCUUAAACGAUGUUGUUGCAUGGGACAUGACUGCCCUCUGGUGCAGAUGUGAUGCUAUAAUUAAUGAAUUAAACCAGGUUAAAUCCAAGUUUUUGAAUCCACAGACUUGACAUUGUCUAUACCCAAUUUAGGGGUUGCCCAGAAGUGUGAUCUAAUCAAAAGUGCUUGAAAUGACAUUUUUCUCAGUAUUGUGAAGAUUUUGUUCCAUUUUAAAAUUCCACCAUUUAAAGCAAGUAUUAACAAGAACAUAAAUCAUAGAACAUUAAAUUCUCAAGAAUGGUGCCAGGACUUGGAGGACCUUAGUAAUAAGGAAAGAUUGAAUAGGUUAGGAGUUUAUUAAUUGGAAUAUAGAAGAUUAAGAGGGGAUUUGACAGAGGUAUACAAAAUUAUGAAGGGUAUAGAUAGAUUAAAUGCAAGCAGGCUUUUUCCACUGAAGUUGGGUGGGACUACAACCAAAGGUCAUGGGGUAAGGAGGAAACGUGAAAAGUUUAAGGGGAACAUGAGGGGAAACUUCUUCACUUAGAGGGUUGUGAGAGUGUGGAACAAGUUGCCAGUGUAAGUGGUGCAUGUGAGCUCGAUUUUAACAUUUAAGAGAAGUUUGGAUAGUAGAGAUAUGGAGGGCUAUGGUUCUGGUACAAGGUGAUGGGAGUAGGCAGUUUAAGUGGUUUGGCACAGACUAAAUGGCCAAAGAGCCUGUUUCUGUGCUGCAGUUUCCUAUGGCUCUAACGGCACAACACAGUACAGGCUGUUCGGUCCUCGCUGUUGUGCUGACCUAUAUAAACCUCCUCCAAUAUUAAUCUAACCUUCCCCGCCUAUGUAGCCCAUACCUCUCCAUUUUUCUUCCGUCCAUGUGCCUAUCUAAGAGUCUCUUAAAUGUAUCUAUUGUAUCAGCCUCUAUUACUAACCCUGGCAGUGCAUUCCAAACAUCUUCCACUAACUGUAAAAAAACAUAAACCUACCUCACAAAUCUCCCCUAAACUCUCCUUCGCUCAUAUUAAACAGAAGUCCAUUGGUGCUGGCCAUUGCCAGCCUGCGUUAAAAAAUGCUGGCAUUCCACUCUGUCUAUGCCUCUCAUAAUCUAUACAGCUCUAUCAAACUAUCUCUCAUCUUCCUUCGCUUCAAAAAAAGAAGUGCCCUAGAUUGCCUCAAGACAUGCUCUCUAAUCUAGGCAGCAACCUGGUAAAUCUCCUCUGCACCCUCUCUUAAACUUCCACAUCCUUCCUAUAAUGAGGCAACCAGAACUGAACACAAUACACUCCAAGUGUAGUCCGACCAGAGUUAGAGAGAACUGCAACAUUACCUCAUGGAGAUCAAUACACUGACUAAUGAAGACCAACACACUUAUUAACCUCCCAAUCAACUUGUGUGGCAACUUCGAGGGAUCUAUAAAUGUGGACCCAAAGAUCCCACUGUCGGUCCACCCUGUUAAUAAUCUUGCCAUUAACUUUGCACUCUGCCUUCAAGUUCAAUCUUCCAAAGUGUAUCACUUCACACUUUUCAGUCGGGAAACAUAAUUUUUUUAUUGAGGUACAGCAUGGAAUAGACCCUUCUAGCCUGUGGAGCUAUGCCACCCAGCAAGCACCCCCCCUCCCAGUUUAACCCCAGCCUAAUCACGAGACAAUUUGCAGUGACCGAUUCACCUACCAACUGAUAUGCCUUUGGACUGUGGAAGGAAACCCAUGUGGUCACAGGGAGAACAUGCAAACUCCUUAUAGACAGCAGCAGGAAUUGGGCCUGGGUUGCUGGCACUGUAUAGAGUUGUGCAACCACUACCCUACGAUACCGCACCAUCUCUGCAUUCAUUCUAUUUAGUCCUAAAAGAAUGUUGCCGGCUUCAAUAAGAUACAUGCUCAUUCUUCUAAGCUGUAGGGCAUAUGAACCCAAUCAACAUACCACAAACGUGCUGACCCUGGAGCCAACCUUCUGAACCAUGACAGUACACUCAAUAGUUUGCAAAUUGUUUCAUGAAGUACCACCUCUUUUGAUCAUUAUUCUUGUCACUGCCCCAUUUAGUCAGCACUUGUUUGUUACUGUGAUCUUGUAUAAAGGUAUAUGUUCAUUUCCAUAGAUGUUGCCUGACCCGCUGAGUUCCUCCAGCAUUUUGUGGCCUUAAAAGAGUUGACUGUUUAUUCAUUUCCGUAGAUGCUGCCUGACCUGCUGAGUCCCUCCAGCAUUUUGUGUUUGUUGCUUUUAAUCUUCUUUAAUUUUAAAUCAAGAACAGCAAGAUAAUAGUACAUUGACAUAGAGUCAUAAAACACCACAGCACUGAAACAGGCCCUUCAGCCCAUCUGUUCCAUGCCAAACUGAUAUUCUGCCCAGUCUCAGCAACCCACACAUGGACCAUAGCCACCCAGACUCCUCUCAUCCAUGCACUUAUCAAAACUUUUCUUGCUUCUAUAAUUCUGAGUUUAAAAGUCAAGUUAAUUCAAAUGACUGUUUAUUUACCUUUUUCUACAUAAUUUUCUCUACGACACCUGUGAAUGGAACUUUCACAUUGAGAUGGACAUUUAGUUUGCGAUCUGCUUUAACUUUUGAGGUCCAUGAAACCUUGGAACCUGCUUUGACUAUUGCUACAGUUCCCUUUCCAAUGCUUUCACAUGUAGGUCCCAUUAUAAUGGAAAUAGCUUGUAGGAUUUAGUGGAGGGAAUCUUUCACUUUCAAAAAGAAACUUUAUUUUUUGAUGAAAAAUACACUCGUGGCCACCUUAUUAGGUACAGCUGGCCACAGAGUGUAUGUUUGUGGUCUUCUGCUGUUUAGCCCAUUCACUUCAGUUUGAUGUGCUGUGCAUUCAGAGAUGCUCUUCUGCCCCUCACUGUUGUAAUGCAUGGUUAUUUGAGUUCCUGUCACCUUGUCAGCUUGAACCAGCCUGGCCAUUCUCCUCUGACCCCUCUCAUUAACAAGGCACUUUCACCCACAGUGCUGCCACUCAUCCACUCAUGGAUGUUUUUUGUUUUUCCCACCAUUCUCUGUAAACUCCAGAGAUAGUUGGGCAUGAAAAUCCCAGGAAAUCAGCAGUUUCUGAGAUCCUCAACCCACCAAACAUCCCAUAGUCCAAGUCACUUAGAUCACAUUUCUUCUCCAUUCUGAUGUUUGCUCUGAGCAACAACUGAACCUCUUGGCCAUGUCUGCAUGCUUUUGUGCAUUGACUUGCUCAUACAUGAUUGGCUAAUUAGAUAUUUGCAUUAAUGAACAGUUGUGCAGGUGUGCCUAAUAACAUGACUACUGAGUAUCAUGUCGUAGAGCCCUAUAGAACGGAAGCAAGCCCUUCAGCCCAUCUGGUCCAUGCUGAACCGAUAUUCUGCCUAGUCCAAUCAACCCACACAGAGACCAUAGCCCUCCAUCUCCCUCCUAUUCAUGUACUUAAUCAAAAUGUUCUUGUUUCUAAGAUUCUGAGAUUAAAGGUCAAACCAAUUCAAAUGACUUUUUAUUUACCUUUUUCUAUAUUUUUUUUCUAAAUCCUGAGCAUGUUUGUGAAUGUGCCAUUGAAGUGGACAUUUAUUUGCAAAAUGCUUUAAGUAUUUAUUUAGCAAUACAGUGUGGAGUAGGCCCUUCUGUCCCCUCGAGCCCUACUGCCCCAGCAACCCCACAACUCCGACUAACCCUAACCUAACCAUGGGGCAAUUUGCAAUGACCAAUUAACCAAACCGUUUUAACCACAGUCUUUGUACUGUGGGAAGAAACUGGAUCACCCGGGAAGAACUUUUAAUUUUUAAAGUCCAUAAAACCUCCAGAAAGCAGGUUCUGUGCAUGAGAUUGAGAUUCCCGGAUGGUUUGUUGCCUCCUGGGUGCUAGAGUCAGGAUCAAGUCCGCAGAAUUCUUAAAUGGAAGGGUGAGUAGCCAGAGGUGGUGGUCCACGUUGUUACCAAUGACAUGGGUAGGAUGGGUGACAAGCUCCUGCAAAGUGAAUUCAUGGAAUUAGGUGCUAAGUUAAAGGGUAGGAACUCCAGGGUUAUGAUCUCAAGAUUGCUUGACAUGCCACAUGCAGUUGAGACCAGAACUAGUGCUAGUGAGGCUAAAACUAAGGAGAUUAUACAGUUGAAUAUGUGGUUAAGGACUUGGUGUAGGAGGGAGGGCAUAGGAUUUUCGGAUCAUUGGACUCUCUUCCAGGGAAUGUGGGACAUGUACAGAGGAGAUGGUUUGCACCUGAACUGGAGGGGGACUAAUAUUCUAGUGGGAAGGUUUGUUAAUGCUCAGUGGUGGGGUUUCAACUAGAGUUGCAAGGGGAUGGAAACCAGAGUGCCAGCACAGUUAGUGGAGAGGUGGUAGAGGCAGAUGUUAGGACCUCAGACAAAGUCAGGAAGGAAAAUGUUGAGCAUGGUGAACCUAAUACUCUGAGCUGCAUAUAUGUCAACGCAGGGAUUACGUCGGAAAGGUAGAUUAGUUCAGGGCAUGGAUUAGUGGCAUUGUAGCCAUUAGUGAGACUUGGUUGCAGGAGUGGCAGGACUGCAGCUCAAUAUUCCAGGGUUCCGGUGUUUUUGACAUGAUAAAGCAGGAGAGAUUAAAGAGGGAGAGGUGACAUUACUAGUCGGGGAUAGUACCACAGCAGUGUUCAGAUUGGAGAACUCGUCCAGUGAGGCUUUAUGAGUAGAGCUGUAUAAGUAAGGUAUGACCACAUUAAUGGGAUUAUAUUAUAGACCACCCAACAGUCCAUGGAAUUUAGAGACACAAAUUUGUAGAGUGAGCGCAGACCGGUGCAAGGAACAUAAGAUUGCGAUAGUAGGUAAUUUUAACUUUCCACAUAUUGUCUGUGACACCCAUACUAUAAAAGGGCUGGAUGGGAAAGAAUUUGUCAAAUGUGUUCAGGACAGUUUCCUAAAUCAGUACAUAGAAGUCCCAACUGGAAAGAGUGUGAUACUACAUCUCCUAUUAGGGAAUGAGACAGGGCGGGAUCUGGCAAGUGUGGAUUGGAACAGGUUAUUUUCUGACAAAGAUGUACUUGAUAAAUGGGAGGCCUUCAAAGGUGAAAUUUUGAGAGUACUGAGCUUGUAUGUUCCUGUCAGAAUAAAGGGCAAGGAUAACAUGUUUAUGGAACCUGGUUUCAAAUAUGUUGAGGCCCUGAUUAAGAAAACAGAAGUGGAUGCAUAGCAGGUAUAAGCAGGUAGGAACAAAUGAAGUGCUUAUGCAGUAUAAGAAAUACAAGAGGACACUUAAGAAGGAAAUCAGGUGGGCUAAAAGAAGACAUGAGGUUGCUCUAGCAGACAAGGUGAAGGAGAAUCCUAAGCUCUUCUACAGAUAUAUUGGGAACAAAAGCAUAGCAAGAACAAAAUGAGUCCCCUAGAAGAUCGGAGUGGUAAUUUAUGCAUGAAGCUGUAAGAGAUGGGGGAGAUCUUAAAUGGACUUUUUACAUCUGUACUUACUUGGGAGAUGGACAAACAGAGUUUAUAGAUGUGAGCCAACAUAGCAGUGAAAUCAUUAACUCUAUACAGAUCACAGAGGAGAAGGAGUUUUCUGUCUUGAGGCAAAUUAGGGUGGAUAAAUCCCCAGGGCUUGACAAGGCAUUCCCUUGGGUUCUGUGGGUGGCAAGUGCAAAAACCUUCAGGGGCCCUAGCAGAGAUAUUUAAAACAUCCUUAUCCACAGGUGAGGUGCUGGAGGAUUGGAGGAUAGCUAGUGUUAUUCCAUUGUUUAUGAAAGACACUAAAAAUAAGCUAGGAAAUUAUAGGCUGGUGAGCCUGAUAUCCCUGUUGGGAAAGUUAUUGGCAGUUAUUCUAAGGGACCUGAUAUAUAAGCAUUUGGAUAAACAGGGACUGAUUAGGGAUAGUCGUCAUGGCUUUGUGCAUGGUAAGUUGUGUCUAACCAAUGUUAUAGUGUUCUUAGAGGAAAUUACCAGGAAACUUGAUGAAGGUAAGGCAAACGAUGUUGUCUGUGUGGAUUUUAGCAAGGCCUUUGACAAGGACCUGCAUAGGAGAAUGGUUGAAGUUCAGCCGCUUGGCAUUCAAGGUCAGGUAGUAAAUUGGAUUAGACAUUGGCUUUGCGGAAGAAACCAGAGAGUGGUUGUAGAUGGUUGCCUCUCUGGAGGCCUGUGACUAGUGGAGUGCCACAGGGAUGUGUGGGCCCAUUGUAGUUUGUUAUCUAUAUCAUUGAUCUGGAUGAUAAUGUGGUUAACAGAAUCAGCAAAUCUGCAGGUGAAACCAAGAUUGGGGGUGUAGUGGAUAGCACUGUCAAAGCUUGCAGUGGGAUCCGGACCAGCUGGAAAAAUGGCAGAUGGAAUUUAAUCAGACAAGUGUGAGGUGUCACACUUUGGGAGGAGUCCUUACACAAUGAGCAGUAGGGCACUGAGGAGUGUGGUAGAAUGAAGGAUCGAGGAAUACAGAUUCAUUAUUCAUUGGAAGUGGUGUCCAGAUAGCUAGAGUCACAUUCGCCUUUAUCAAUCAAUGUAUUGAGUACAGGAGGCGGGAUGUUACGUUAAAGUUGUAUAAGAUGUUGGUGAGGCUGAAUUUGGAGGAUAGUGUGCAGUUUUGGUCAUCUACCUACAGGAAAGAUGUAAACAAGGCUAAAAGAGUGCAGAGAAAAUUCACAAAGGUGUUGCCGGGACUUGAGAAUCUGUGUUUUAGGAAAGGCUGAAUAGCUUAGACCUUUAUUCCCGAGAGAGGAGAAGACUGGGGGGAGAUUUGAUAGAGGAAUACAAAAUGAUGAAGGGUAUAGAUAGACUAAGUGCAAGCAGGUCUUUUCUAGCAAGGUUGGGUGAGAAUGGAACUAGAGGUUAUGGGUUCAGGAUGAAAGGUGAAAAGUCUAUGAGGAACAUAAAGAGAACUUCUUCACUCAGAAGAUGGUGAGAAUGUGAAAUGAGAUGCCAGCGUAAGUGGUUUAUGCAGGGUUGAUUUCAACAUUUAAGAGAAAUUUGGAUAGAUAAAUGGAUGAGUGGGGUAUAGAGAGCUAUGGAUAGUCCAGGUGCAGGUCGAUGGCACUAGGCAGAAUAUUGGUUUGGCAGAGACUACGUGGGUCGAAAGGCCUGUUUCUGUUCUGUACUGUUCUACGACUCUUAUAAAACCUUGGAGCCUGCUUUAAACAUUGCUACAGUCAUACUGAAAGUGAAAUGUAUUCCCCCCAUAAAAUGCUACAAGUCAUGUAGGUUCCAUUUUGAGCACAGAUACAGACCUUUCUGGUCCAAUGAGCACCGUGCCUCCUCUGUGACCAAUUAACCCACUAACCUGUACGUCUUUGGAAUGUGGGAGGAAAGCAGAGCACCCGGAGGAAAUCCACGUCAUCACAGAGAGAAUGUGCAAACUCCUUACAGACAGCAGCGGGAAUUGAACCGGGGUCGCUAGCACUGCAAAGUAUUGUGUUAACUGCUAUGCUGUCAGAAGAGGAAUAAUAACAUUCAGUAGAAAUAGUUGGUUUACUGUCCAAACAACUCAUUUAUAGGGUGUGGGUGUCACUGGCUAGACCAGCAUUUAUGCCCAACCUUAAUUGUUCUUGAGAAGGUGAUGAUGAAGUCUCAUAGUGAUGUUGGGGAAUCCCAGAACUUGGACGUAGCAACAAUGAAGAAUUGUAACAUAUUUUCAUUUGAGGAUUGUGUUUUACCUGGUGGUGAACCUUGCACAUGCUAAAGAUGAACUCAUUCUCCCAGUCCUCCUCAUUGUGGCCCUUGCACUUUAUUUAAUUUAAUUAAUCUGUUUAUUUGUUUGCUUCUUUAUUUACAGGCAAUCAGCGCUUUACCUGCACUGUACUUUUUCUGUAACUACAAAGACCAUAAGAUAUAGGAGCAGAAUUAGUCCAUUUGACCUAUUGUACCUGCUCCACUAUUCCUAUGGCUGAUUAUGUCCCUCUAAACCUCAUUCUCUUGCCUUCUCCCUGUAAUCUUUGAAGCCUGACUAAUCAUGAAAUUAUCAACUGCUGCUUUAAAUAUAGUCAAUGACUUGGCCUCGACAAUUGUCUGUGGCAAUGAUUCCACAGGUUUACUACCCUCUGACUAAAGAAAUUCCUCUACAUCUCUGUUAUAAGUGGAUGUCCCUCUGUUCUGAAACUGUGCCACCUGGUCCUAAACUCCCAACUAUAGGAAACAUCCUCUCCACAUCCACUCUAUCUAGGCCUUUCAAAAUUUAAUAGGUUUCAAUGAGAUCCUCAUUCUUCUAAACUCCAGCAAAUACAGGCCCAGAGCAUUCUUCGUACAAAACGCUGGAGGAACUCAGCAGGCCAGACAGCAUCUACAGAAAAGAGUACAGUCGACGUUUCAGGCUGAGACUCUUCAGCAGGUCUCAUACGAGAACACUUUAAUUCCCGGAAUGCUCUUCAAACGUGAACACUUUCAUUCCCGGAAUCAUUCCUGUGAACCUCCUCUGGACCGUCUCCAAUGCCAGCACAUCUUUUCUUAGUAAAGGAGCCCAAAACUGCUCACAAUACCCCAAGUGUGGUCUGACCAGUGCCUUACAAAGCCUCAGCGUUACAUAUUCAAUUCCUCUCAAAAUGAGUGCUAACAUUGCAUUGUCUUCCAUUUACAACACUUAUUCUACAUUCUUUCUUUUUACUAAUACUAAUUUACUAAUACCUGUGUACAGCACGAUGCUAUGCAUGCAAAAACUUUUCAUUGUUUCGCUGAACUUUGUCUAUAUUUGCUGCAUCAGUAAAGCAACCAGCAAAGUCAAAGACCCCACCCUCUCUGGAUAUUCUCUUUUCUCCCCUCUUCCACUGGGCAGAAGAUACAAAGGCCUGAAAGGUCACAGCACCGGGCUCAAGGACAGCUUCUAUGCUGCCAUUAUGAGACUAUUAAAUAGUUUCCUAGUAUGAUAAGUUGGACUCUUGACCUCACAAUCUACCUUGUUAUGAUCUUCUUGUACUUUCUCUGUAGCCAUUACACUUUAUCCUGCAUUGUUAUUGUUGUACUUUGAUCUACCUCGAUGUACUAUGUAACGUAUGAACAGUAUGCAAAACAAGCUUUUCAUUGUGUCUUGGUACAUGUGACAA